GCAGAGUGGGCGUGCGUCUGGAGAGAAUCGGAGUGGGUGAAGGCGAGAGGACGCAGCGGAGGAGCUGACGGAGCAUUAAUGAGAUCCUGCCCGAUCAGCGUCAAAGGGAUGCGAUUUUAAGUUACAGUUGUUCGGGAUUCAUCUUCGGAUUAGUUAAACCGAAAGCUUGGACUGUGUUGCAACCAAACUUUAGUGGAUUAUUGCUGUGGUAACAAUGGGCUCGAAGCGAUCACGCGUAAAGACGCCGGGGACCGCAGCCUUUGUCGUCCGCUCGUCCCUCUGUAUCAUCGGGCUUUUGGCCACUUUCUCUCGGCCUGCGUGCGAGGCGUUCAACCUGGACGUGGAGAACCCGGCUGUUUAUAGCGGACCUGACGGGAGCUACUUCGGAUAUGCCGUUGACUUUUAUUUGUCUGAAUCUGCCAGUGCAAGUGUGGUUAUUGGAGCCCCGAAGGCCAAUACGAGCCAGACUAACGUUACUGAGGGAGGCUCUGUGUUCUACUGUCCGUGGAGCGUUGGCCAAUCGAACUGUCACACCAUUGAGUUCGAUCCAGAAGGAGAUCGCAGUACCCGGAUCAAUGACACACUUCAGCAGGUUGAUUUCAAAUCCCACCAGUGGUUUGGCGCCACAGUGCGUUCUCACGGUGACACAAUUUUGGCUUGCGCCCCUCUUUACUACUGGCGGACUGAAAAGGAUGAACCCCAUUCUGAUGCCACAGGAACCUGCUACCUCUCAGUUCAGAACUUCACCAAAUUUGUGGAGUAUGCUCCCUGUCGGACAGAACUUAGCGAUCGGGGAGGACAAGGUUACUGUCAGGGAGGAUUCAGUGCUGACUUUACAAAGGAUGGCAGAGUGGUUCUGGGAGGACCUGGCAGCUACUACUGGCAGGGCCAGGUGAUCUCUGCAGCUAAGAAAGACAUAAUCAAAGCCUACUAUCCAGGCUAUUUUAUGCAGGCAGUAGAGGGUCAAGUUCAGACCAAACAGAUUCAGGCUUCACAUGAUGACAGCUACCAAGGUUACUCUGUUGCUGUUGGGGAAUUUAGUGGUGAUCAGGUGGAAGAUUUUGUUACUGGUAUUCCAAAGGGGCAUCUCCUUUAUGGUUUGGUGUCCAUUUUGAACGGUUCAGAUCUGACCACCUUGGGAAACUUCACUGGUGAGCAGAUGGGCUCAUAUUUUGGCUAUGCACUGGCAACGACUGACAUCAACAGUGAUGGGAUGGUUGAUCUGUUGGUGGGAGCGCCUAUGUUCAUGGUCCGAACCUCUGGUGGUCGUCUGGAAGAGAUGGGUCGGGUCUACAUUUACCUGCAACGCAGCCCGUUACACCUGGAGAUCACCAAACCGAGCCUGACAGGCAAAGAGGUGUUUGGGAGAUUUGGCAGCACCAUCGCCCCACUGGGAGACUUGAACCAGGAUGGUUUCAACGAUGUGGCUGUAAGUUGUCCAUUCGGAGGUGAUGAUCGCCGGGGACUGGUCUACAUCUAUAACGGAUACUCUGAAGGGCUCAGGGAAAAGCCUUCUCAGGUGAUUGCAGGCCAGUGGGCUGCUGGUGCUUUUCCUGCUAGCUUUGGGUUUUCCCUCAGAGGAGCUCAUGACCUGGACAUGAAUGGAUACCCUGAUCUCAUUGUUGGAGCUUUUGGUGUAAAUAAGGCAGUUCUCUAUCGGUCGCGGCCAAUUGUCAGCACCGUUGCCUCCCUUAUAGUUUCCCCAACGAUGAUCAACCCUGAGGAGAAGAGCUGUGUGAUCACCAAUGGAAACUCCAGCAUCCUUGUUUCCUGCGUCAAUCUGAGUUACUGCAUAUCUGCUGAAGGGAAACACCUACCGGCCAAUCUAGACUUUCAGGUGGAGGUGCAGCUCGACAGCCAGAAGCACAAGCAGAAAGGUGCUGUGAAGAGGGCUCUGUUCCUGGAAUCCCAGCAGCCUUUGCUCCAGAAACGUGUCAGGGUUCGCCAUGGGGAUCGUGUGUGUGACCAAACAAGAAUCUACCUAAGAGAUGAGAAGGAAUUCAGGGAUAAACUCUCCUCCAUUUUUGUGGCCUUGAACUUCAGCUUGGACCCAGAAGCUGCCUCUGACUCCCAUGGCCUGUGGCCCAUCCUCAACUACCAGACCACCAGCGUUAUAGAGCAGAAGGCUCAGAUUCUGUUGGACUGCGGAGAGGACAACAUUUGCGUUCCUGAUUUGAAGCUGGCAGUCCACAGCGACAGGAAGGAAGUCUGCCUUGGUGAUGACAACUCGCUGACCUUAACUUUCAACGCCAGGAACGAAGGAGAGGGAGGGGCGUACGAGGCAGAGCUGUACGUGGCAUUGCCCCCGGAGGCAGAUUACAGCGGCAUUGCCCGCAAUAAUGAGAGCCUCAUCCAACUCACCUGCAGCUACGACACCGAGAACCAGACCCGAUACCUCAGCUGUGAUCUGGGAAACCCAAUGAAGGCCGGUACCAAUCUUUGGGCGGGUCUGCGAUUUACGGUGCCUCGUCUGAAGGACACACACAAAACUGUCCAGUUUUACUUCCAGAUACGCAGUAAAAAUGAAAAUAACUCCCAAAGUGAGGUUGUUUACUACAACCCCGAGGUGGUGGUCCAGGCUGAUGUCAUUCUGCAGGGUGUGUCUCGGCCAGAUAAGGUCUUCUUUCCCCCGGCCAACUGGAAAGUGCCCAAAAGCUACGGGGUGGAACAGGAUGUCGGGCCGGCUGUGGAACACAUUUAUGAGCUCGUCAACAACGGCCCCAGUCGGAUCAGCGGCACCCUGCUGGAGCUGCGCUGCCCUCUCCGCAUCCAGGGUCACGAUCUCCUUUACCCUCUCGAGUUCUACACAGAAGGUCCCAUCAACUGCACCGCGGACAAAAACCUGAACCACCGUAAUCUCAAACUCCAGCGCUCAUCGACAGAGUCUCCUGUUCUGGCACUGAAGGCUGAUGAGCAUCAUGUUGAGAGGAGGGACGUCCACAAGAACUCGCUUGCUCAUCUGACCAACCUGUCUUGCUCUAAUGCGGAUUGCUGGACGCUCCAGUGCAACGUUGGUCUGCUGGAGAAGGGAACCACUGCGAUCCUGAAAAUGCGCUCGCGCGUCUGGGCCGAGACCUUCACUGAGAAAGCUUACAAGCAAUACGUAAUGGAGUGUCUGGGCAGAUUCAACGUAAAGAAGAUGCCAUAUGCAAUCCUACCCAAGCACUAUCCAAGUGGUCAGAAAAAGGUGGUGACCCCAGUGGUUUGGAACAAGCCAGAUAUUGAGAACUCGGUCCCUCUGUGGAUCAUCGUCUUGGCCAUCCUGGCCGGUUUACUGCUGCUGGCUCUUCUUAUCUACGUCCUUUACAGGCUUGGCUUCUUCAAGCGUUCUCUACCUUACGGCACAGCCAUGGAAAAAGCUCAACUCAAACCACAGGCUGCUUCUGAGGCCUAACUGAUCGACUGAGUUACCAGAACCAUCAUAUCUGGCCAAAUGAUUGCAAAGGAGAGAAUCACAACGGAACAUGUGGCGUGGAUCAGAGAGACUACUGGAACUCCGCUGUGCUGCACUAGAGGAAGACAAAAACCCGAGGAUCUACAAGCCAAAUGAAUGUUUUUUUUUUAAUUUAUAUCUUUGUUUUUAACCCUGUUGGGAUUGUCGUCAAAUAGAACUGAUCUCUGUGCCUAAAAACAAAUUUUAGAUCAUCCAGCAAAAAGAAGCACACAGGUUACCAUUUCCUGUUCAUGCAGGAACAAGUUGGGUUUACUUUUAUAGACGCCUGUGAUGAAGACGUCUGUUUAUCUGCUUCAUAUUGGUGCUAAUUAUUAAACAUGUUUGCCAUCUCUAACAGGAAACAACCGAAGAUUGUUUUUUCAGCUUUCAGGUCAAAAACUGAUUUGCAACAUAUAUGGUAUCCUGUUUAAGAGCUAAAAUGAAUUGUUUGACCCUGUUUUACGCCUGUGUGAGCUGUUGCCAUUUUCCAGCCCGCCGCCACUAUGCAACCCCUGAACAGGAAAAGCGGGUAUUAAAAAUGCUUUAGAUGGAUCAUUUCUGGAAAUGAUCACUUUCUGUCUCAGAUUGGUGGAAAGUGUUUUUUUAUUUUUAUUUUUUGCACUCACAGGAAAUCUACUGAUAUUUUUUUUUUUUUUCAAAUACACCAAAGACUGACUGAGCUUCCUUUGAGAUUUGACUUUGACUCCUACUGAUCACGUCGUCCAAAUCCUGUGCGUGUUGUUCUCAGUGUUACCGCAGCGCCGUUAGCAAGCUGGGAUGGGACUGGGACCACCACAGACCUGUUGAACCUCAUGUUGAAGCAGCGUGGCGCUUCCUGUCAGAAAGUGGUGCUCUCCUAUCUUUUCUGGUGCUUAAAGGGGGGGAAAAAGCACACAGAGUUGUCGGCAGUGGUAGCAUGAUGAAAACGGACAGAGACAGGACAGACAGCAAUGAUGUAGCCUUGACAGGAGGCUGAAGAACGAUGGAUCCUUUUUCAGCUUACAGUGUGAUGCUGAAUGAGAUACUGUAUUUUAUUUAGUUUUAUUUUUUUGGUGAGUAAAAUGAAUGAGACGCAGCUGACAUCAUCCCACUACCAAAAAUGCUGCAGGGACUGAACAAUAAGUCAUUGUAUUUGUUUCUUUUUAUGCAGGUGCAUCGGAAUAAAUGAAAAUAUCAGCAAAAAAAAGCAUUUAUUUCAGUAAUUUGGCUCAAAAGGUGAUAGAGAAUUUUAAGAGUUCUUGUUCUGUUUUUCCUUCCACUUAACUUUCCAUUAAUACGUGUACAUGCAACACUGAACACUGGAGAGUGUUUGUGUAUGAUGUGGCCACAACAUAACAUAUUCCUCCAGUAAUAAUCUAUUUUAUUUAUUAGUCUCAUGUGAUUUUCAGAUUUUAAUGAGUUAGAAGCCACAAUCAUCAAAAUGAACAGAAUAAAGUGCUAUAAAAUGCAUUUGUCUAUCAAUAUUUGUGAUAAGUAAAUUAAUUGAGUGAUAUUCAAAUUUAUUAAGAUGCACCUCUACUCAAGUUUAUGUGCCUUAAUGUAAAUACUUCAUGUCUGUGGGUUAGCGUUAGGGUUACUUGCGUGUGACUCCGUGUGUUCAUGGAUUUGUGUGAAUGAUAUAUUUAAAUUCUUUUGUUUUGAGUGUGUCUGGUUUUUACCUUUCCUACCGCCUAGUCCUUUGUAGCCUGAGAUAAUUGAGGUCAGAGUUUUUCGUUAAUAUUAAACCCAACAGCAAAAAUACCUCAAACAAAGGGAUAACAACUAGGCACUGGGAACUACACAAUGGUUGGAAGUGCAAUAUUUAUAUUCACUCUUUUUAACGUGUCACUGCUUGUAUUUGAUGUCUGUUUUAAACCAGAAAUUGAAGGUGUAGACUAAAUCUCCUGUUGGUUUCUGUUUUUUUUUUUACUUGCUUUCUCACUGCGAGCAGAGUGGAAUCUAAAAAAUACUUUCCCCAACUUCAGAUAUGCUCAUCCUCACUUCACUGGACUGCUCUGAACUGCCUUCACCUUCUCACAGGUUUUUAUUACACAGAUUGAUGCUGAAACAAAGCCACAAAGCAUGUUCAAUAGUUACAGGCUCUGCUUUUGCAGCUGUUCAAACAACCAUUUUAGUUAACAUGUGUUGUGCACAUUUUUCUCCACUGGCUUCCUAAAACAUCCUAUCAGAGGAUGAUUUAUGUCCACCUGGACGAGAAACUCCCCAUUUAGUUAUGGAUUUAAAUCCUUCAUCUGAUAUUUAUGAUAUUAUAAAUAUUAUAAAAUUUCUUCCCUUAAAUUUGCCAAUGACAGGAACAUUCUACUUUUUCUUCCAUUGUUACAUCAGGAGAAGGCACUGGUAAUUAUUUUCUCUUUUUUUAAUGUCUUCAUCCACUUUUUCUCUCCAGAACUUUCUAAAAGAAGUUGUACAUAUUUGUGACAAGGAGAGUUUUGACUGAUUGAGAAAUUUCUCUCCCCAUAUUGGGGAGACUUUUUUGUGCCAGGUGGAAGGUCUGUUUUUACCUGCUUUGGUUUGUACUUUAAAUAAUAAAAAAAUCUCCCUUUUUA